AUGGGUAAAAUCAGAGGAAAAUCAAUCAAAAUAGCAGCUAAGAAAGUAUUGGAAUUGUAUUACAUGAGAAUCAGUAGAGAUUAUUAUAAUAAUCAUGCUGUUGUUAUGGAUGUAGUUGAAACUAAUAAAAAAACUGGUAAUCAGAUAGCAGGAUAUGUAACCCAUCUUUAUCAACGAAUUCAAAAGAGUGGGACAGUUAAGGGAGUUCAUAUUAAGUCUCACGAAGAAGAUAAAGAACGUAAAGAGAAUCUCAUACCAAAAGUUGGUAUUUUAGACACUGAAACUGUAUUUGUUGAUCGUUUAACUAAUUCAAUGUUAAAGAAAUAUGGAAUUAGUGGAGCUAAUUAUGUAGUUGUUGAUAAUGAAAGUUAUAAGAAAGUAAAUUAG